AUUUCGAGAACUCGAAACCGAAACCUAUGCGUGUGCUGGAGUUGACACAGCACACUCGUAUGGGCGCCGACCGCCGAAUAAUUCGGACUCUUAAAUAUAUUUUUUUACACAUGACGAUUAAUUAACGAUGGAUGCUGACGAUUACGUAGCCAAACUAAACACUUACAUUCAAAGACAUCAUUUGAAACACCACUAUGAAGACGCAGGAACUGAAGGCCCGGAUCACAUUAAAAAAUUUGCCAUAAAAGCUGUUGUCAAUGGUAAGGCCUACCUAGAAGGAGUGGGGAAAAACAAGAAGGAAGCCAAACAAAAGGCUGCCAAGCAUGCUCUACAGGGCUUAUUGAAAGAGACAGAGAGUGCAUCAGAUUCCUCUGUGGGACUGGUCCAUUCUCAUGAUGAUCAUGUAUCCUGGCUCCAUUCUUACGGUAAAAAAAUCAACAUGCAGAUCACCUGUCACGAGUCCACCAAAGGCACGACUUUUCAAUGUAGAUUUUUGGUUGGAAAGAUUGAGUAUCCGGAUGCAACUGGGACAACAAAGAAGGAAGCUGAGGAAGAAGCUGCAAAGCUUGCUUAUCUUAAGAUAAAUGCUUCAGUGACUGGAGAUGAGAAACCCUCUUCUACCUCCAGUCAACAAAUAGAAGACAUGAGGAAAAGUAUAUCGGAGAUUUGUGGCAAGACACACAAUUUGAAGACCAAAGAUGACUUUGUUGAGCCAAAUUUUAUCGGACGCGUCCUCUCCAUCUGUCAGAGAACAAAUCGCAUUCCUAAUUUCAUCGAAAUGGAGAGAUGUGGCCCUCCUCAUGACCUUAGAUUUGUCUUCAAGUUAGUGAUCGAUGGACAACACUACCCUGCGUGUGAGGGGAAGAGUAUUAAGGAAGCGAAGCAAAAGGCUGCUCAGUUGGCCUUAUCUGACCUUUGUAAGGGUUUGGACAGUGAGACUGGAGAUGAGAAACCCUCUUCUACCUCCAGUCAACAAAUGGAAGACAUGAAGAAAAGUAUAUCAGAGAUCUGUGACAAGACACACAAUUUGAAGGUCGAAGAUGACUUUGUUGAGCCAAAUUUUAUUGGACGCAUCCUCUCCAUCUGUCAGAGAACAAAUCGCGUUCCUAAUUUCAUCGAAAUGGAGAGAAGUGGCCCUUCUCAUGACCCUAGAUUUGUCUACAAGUUAGUGAUCGGUGAUCAACACUAUUCUGCGUGUGAGGGGAAGAGUAUUAAGGAAGCCAAGCAAAAGGUUGCUCGGUUGGCCUUAUCUGAACUUCAAAAGGGUUUGGACAGUGAGGUUUCACCUUCUCGUGCCAAUAAUCCACCAACCAACCGGGAUUCCUCAGCCAAUAAGUCCCCUAAUGUUCAGUUAAAGAGCCCAUCUACAAACAUCUCAAAUCGCUUUGUUGAUUCUUCUCCCAAAAUUCAGGGUAAAAGUCCAGACUGCAAACCUAAAGUAAAAAUUGCAGCAAAUUUUCCAGAUAGGUGCCAACAAAAGGACGCGAAGAGCGCAGCUGUCAAAGGGGACCAUACCUCGAGGUUCAAGGAGGACUUUGAUGUGAUAGAACACCUUGACAAUGGAAGUUUUGGACAUGUUUUAAAGGCUAAACACAAGUUGGAGGGAAAGUACUAUGCUGUAAAAGCCGUGUCUUAUAUAGAUAACUGUCUACGUGAGGUGUUGGCUCUAUCAGACUUUCAACACGACAACGUUGUGAGAUACUACACAUGUUGGUUGGAAGACGGUGCUUACCAGUCUUCCAGUGCAGGUCGCUCUUCCUGUCCCUUCUGUAGGUCUCCACCGAAGAAGACCCUUUAUAUUCAGAUGGAGUUGUGUGAAACCGAAACUCUCCGUAUCUGGAUAGACGAUAAGAAUGAAAAGAACGUGGAGCGUUCACAAAGAAGACAGGACAGCCUUGCCAUUGCAAAGCAAAUAGUGAGUGGCGUCGAGUACAUUCAUUCCAAAAUGUUUUUUCACAGAGAUCUGAAGCCUGCCAACAUCCUGUUUGGGCCAGGAGAAGUCAUUAAGAUUGGGGAUUUUGGCCUAGUUGCUGACAAUGAGAGAAAAGAGAGAAGCGGAAACCCGGGAACCCCGAGUUAUAUGGCGCCUGAGCAGAAAUACAAGAACAUCUACGACCAGAAAGUGGACAUAUUUGCUUUGGGUCUCAUUUUUUUCGAGCUCUUCUGGCAAAUCCAUACCAUGAAUGAAAGGGGAAGGCUUUGGGAUGAUAUCAGAAAUAAGAGACUUCCUGCAGAGUUUACACGUCAUUUCCCUGCAGAGGACCAAAUGAUUAAGGCGAUGCUUAAUUUGAAACCAGAAGACCGGCCUGAAGCAAGUCAACUCAAGGCCGACCUUGAGGCGUGUGCUCGUGUACUAAUGCUUAAUGUUAACGACAGAAACACUGUCUAACACACAUUUUAAUCGUCAUGAAUGAUGAGGCGAAAUGGUGCGCAGUGGGUUCCAAUCUCGGCUCAGACGUCUCAGUGUGGAUUUAACAGGUUCUUCCAGAGCUUGGGUAGCUUUCUUUUCACAUCAUAUGCAUCUUAGGUUCUUUGGUGACUCUAAAUUAUCCAUAAGUGUGAAUAUGAUUGCUUGUUUAUGUGUCGUGUGAUCAGGCUAAAUUUGCAAACACGAAUGAGGAAUUAUUUUGUCAUGUGAUUUGGCUGUCUCUGUCACGCCAAAUUUCUUCCCCCUACAAACCCCCCCCCAUUUACUUCCGGGGCCAUUUUCUCUUACGUCAUUUCCUUUUACUUACGUCAUUGACAGCGAUCGAAGAACACUUCAGCUUUGACUGCCCGUCGCUGGAAGGAUACUUUUUUUUUUUUUUUUUUUUAAUGUUUUUUAUAAUAUAGCGUUAACAAAACAAAACGUCUGUAUUAAUCGGACAAAUUAACUUGAGUUAAAGUACAGACAUUUAACAGUAUUAUAUAUUAAUUAAUAUUUUUUGCACGUUACCACGAAGACAGAAGUUCCCAGCAGCGGCCCUAACACUCCGCCUGAAAUUUUCCCUAACACUCCGCCUGAAAUUUUCCCUAACACUCCGCCUGGAAUUUUUCGAAGCCUGCUGGUGUUUGUCAUAAGUCCCCUGGGAAAGAUAAAGACAAAUGUCAUUCAGUGACACCACCAUUUUCAGGAGAUUUGGAUUCUAUCGAUCGCUGUCAAUGACGUAAGAGGAAAUUACGUAAGUAAGAGGAAAUGACGUAUAAGGAAAUGACCCCGGAAGUAAAUGGGGGGGAAGGUUUUUGUAGGGGGAAGAAAUUUGGCUUGACAUCUCCAUACGUUUCACAUUGCCGUGAUGACAGCCAUGCUAAUGUUGGAACCCAUUUCCUCGGCGUAUCAGCAUAUUGAGAACGAAAUAGGCACUGACACUACCCAUAUCCACGUAGGUUUUAUUUGUCGAAAAUAUAUUUUGCCCUUUCAGUUGCAUGACACAUCAACAUACAGGCUAACAGGGGCAAUAUAUGCCCGUUAACCUGUAUGUCGAUGUGUAAUUGACUGGGCUAGCAUGCUAAGCUUUCGUUGCAUGAACAUACUAGCUUUGAUAGAAAAGAUCAUAGACUGUAUUGGACAAUAUAGUUUACAUACGAAAUGGCCAUUUCCAUUUAAUACAAGUAAUAAGAAAACGUAAAGGCCUUACUUACCUAUCAAGGAGGAAAUGAGCAAGUUUGGCAUCAGUCUUCAAUCGUCUUCAUCUUUCAAAGGCAUUCCCGAUAUAAAUCCUCGUUUUGUUCCUGGCUUUGUCAUGAAUGAGUUGAGAAUCGUAACGACGCCUUUUAGAUUUACUAUAGUCUGACAUGUUUAGUAACUUUACCAGUGGCAGUAGACAGACGAAGGUGGCGGUGCUUAACUG